CGCUGACCGUGCGCGUGCACUGUCGAGGAGCGCAGUCAUCAGGAUGGCUCGAACCAUGGAACCGCUGGCAAGGAAGAUCUUUAAAGGAGUUUUAGCCGCUGAAUUUGUGGGUGUUUUUGGAGCUUAUUUUUUAUUUAAAAAGAUGAACUCAAGCCAAGAUUUCAGGCAAACAAUGAACAAGACAUGUCCCUUCAUUUUAGAAGUUUAUUACAAAUCCAUUGAACAGUCUGGAAUGUAUGGAGUUAGAGAGAAAGAUCAACAAAAGUGGUUGGAUAGCAAAAAUUAAGGAUUUGGCUGCUGUUCAGAAUUUAUCCUCACAAGAAACAAACAGCAUCACUCAGGAUCAAAAUUCCACAGCUGACAUGGAUGGAGUUUGUAACAUGUGAAGCAAAAUAUAAAUUAUAAUUUAGGUCUUAUUCUUUGGGCUGGAAAAAGCUGACUGAAGUAGGUUUAUUGUGUUAUCAA